CUGAUAAUAAAUUAAUAAUGAUUAAUGAAUGAUAUACCCAAUGAUGUGGCAACGUUGCCGAAGCACAUUUAUUAGCAGACUACAAUUUCAUUUGUUUUUCAGGAUUUAAAGAGCUGGAGCACAUGUGGACGUGGUUUUCGAGACUUUAUUCUUACUAAAAUACGUUUGCUCAAAAGUCUUUAAAUUUACUUGUUAAGAAAACUUUAGAUGUUCCCAAACGGUGUGAGCUCUUUGUGAUUUCAAAUGGCAUUACCUAAUCCUUUUGCCUGUGGCACACUUCCUAAACCAAGUUUUACACCUGUUUAUUCACCCCAAAAUACAAAUUUAAAUCCUGGCCCAGGAUUGCCACACGCACCUCAACCUCAGUAUAGUGGUGAUAGUGUGACAAAGAUGUAUCAAAAUGAUACGAAACAAAAGACGUUUGACCUCCAAAAAGGCAACUUUCAAAGCUCACAAUUUCAACCUUUCUCGUGUGAUCGUUGUGAUCGUUCAUUUAGAUCUCAUGAACUUUUAAACAUUCACAUAUCUGAGCACAUUCCCUGUGGAAUAAAUGGAUGCACAUUUGUGGCCCAUCCUAAAAUUGUGGAGAAGCAUAUACAAAUGCAACAUGAGACAGGCCUUGCUGAACAAAUAAUGAGGCUAAACACCCCAGAGGAAAUACAAAAAUGGAGAGAAGAAAGACGAAACCGAUUUCCCUCUACAACCAAUGUUGCACGUAGACAAGCUGAGCAGAAAGAAAGAUUAGAAAGAGGAGAACUUCUGUAUGAACAAAAAAAAAAAUUUGCCAAAAAUAGAAAACAGCAAGAGAAAGGAGAUAGGGGAAGAGGAUGGGAUGCAAGAAGAAAUCAGAACAGGAAGGAUAAUGAUAAAACAGAAAAAAAAAGUAACAACAUGCCACAUCAGCAAUCCGAACCUGAAUUUUCACAAAAUGUUUCAAUACCAAAUGAAACGAAACCAUUCAACAGUACAAAGACACCAGAAUCAAGUAUAGUAAACAUUAAACAGAACCUCGAUGGUGAAAUAGUAAUGGAGAAUAAGGAAAAAAUUUACUCCGGAGUACUACCUGCUAGUAAUGCGUUGGCCAAUUUGAUAAGCUAUGCCUCUGAUUCCGAAGACAACAUCGCAGAUGCUAAAAAAGCGAAAUUAAUUAUAAAAGAUGCUGAAAAGCCUGCUAUGAAUUGCCCCAGGGAACGUCCCCGAAACCCAUUAAGCGUAGGAAGAAGGAAAAACACAAAAAGUGCUGUAACUGUACCAGCUGUUAAAGAGCUUGUUCACCCAAAGAGGCUGACACUCCUGCAAAAGCUGUUGCAAGGUGAAAUUCUGCACGAACGUAAUAUCAUUCUCCAGUGCGUGCAUUUUAUUGUUCAACAGAAUUUCUUCGGUUUGAAUCAAGGAACAGUUUGAGUGGUAACAGCAGAAGCAGAUACAUUCAUUUUCAGAACGAAGGGAAUACCCAUGGAAAAGUAUUGAAUUUUUUACGUACUUGAUUUAAGUACCUCAAUAUAAUAUUCAAACUGUG